ACUCCCUCUUCAACGGCCUGAGUGUGGGCGCGGUGGUGGGCCUGGGCGUGGCGGCCGUGCUGCUGCUGCUGGUGCUGGUGGACGUCAGCUGCUUCUUCCUGCGGCAGUGCGGCCUGCUCAUGUGCCUGUCCAGACGCCUCUGCAGCCGCAAGAGUGCCACCAGCGCCAAGGGCAAAGACCUGGAGGAAGGCAAGGCCGCCUACCUGGGAGAUGGGUCGAAGGAGCCCAUUGUGGAGAUGAGGACAGAAGAGGAGAGAAUGACAAGUGCAGAUGAUGGGAGUCCAGUGAAUGAACCUACUGAGACAACCCCACUCACUGAGCCAGAGAAGCUCCCGCUGAAAGAGGAGAACGGGAAAGAGGUCCUCAAGUCGGAUGCGAUCGAGAUCAAAGUCCACGGCGACAACAGCCACCACACGAACGCCGCCGAUAGCAAGGCGUAA